AUGAGGAAAUGGUAUGAGGUGAUUCAAGGCCCAAAAUUGCAGGUUCCCAAUCUGCUAUGGAGAGGUGUGGCCCCUCCAAAAGCUCAAUUUUUAAGCUGGUUGGCAUGGAGGGGCAGGGUUAAAACCAUUAGUCUUUUACAGAGGUUUAGGGCCUUAAGUAGUAAUGUGGAGAAUCUGUGCCUGUGCCCUUUCUGCAAGCUAGAAACAGAGUCAGUGGAUCAUAUUCUAUUGCAGUGCUCGGAGAUUUGGAAGGUUUGGUCAUCUAUGCUGCAAUGGUGGGGAGUAUCUUGGUCCAUUCCUGCUACAGUUGAUGGUGUGCUAUUAUGGUGGCUGGGAACAAAAUUUAAAAAGUCAGUUGUGAGGAUUUGGAGGCUUGUUCCAAUUGCAAUGUUAUGGUCAGUAUGGAGGUUAAGAAAUGAGUGUGUUUUUAAAGGAAAUCAGUCUAAUAUGGAUGAGCUUGGUGAAAUAGUGAAAGUUAGGGUUGGGUUGUGGGCCAAGUCUGGGCUGCCAAAGUUUCACUAUUCAGUGCAUGAUGUAGUGGCUAAUCUGAAUCAGGGUAUGUUGCUGGCAGAUCUAUUUGAAUCAGGUAUGAUCAAAGGAAGUAUGCCUUAUGCUGUGUGUAGCCAGGAUGUGGUGAAUGGAGUUUUGAGCUGCUUUAGGUCUAUAGACAGCUCAGAUUGUUGGAUCAAGAUUGUGUAUAAAUUUUAUGGUGAAUUAUGA